GAACGUUGCUGGUGGAGAACAUGCAGAUCCAGGGGCGGUCUGAGGACCCAGACAGAACCAUCUCCCUGUCCCUCAGAGAUAACUACAACAACUGGGUCAUACUGGACCCCGUCAGACAGAGACUCUACCUCAACAGCACUGGACGAGUUCUGGACCGAGAUCCCCCCUCCUACAUCCAGUCCAUCGUGGUGCAGGUGCAGUGCACUAACGAGCUGGUUGGCACGGUGAUCCUCCACGAGGUGCGCAUCGUGGUGCGGGACAAGAACGACAACUCUCCCAGAUUCCAGCAGCCACGCUACUACACUGCCAUCAACGAACUCACCCCAGUGGGCACGACCAUCUUCUCCGGCUUCAGCGGGAACAACGGAGCCACCGACAUUGAUGACGGGCCCAACGGACAGCUCGAAUACACCAUUCUCUACAACCCCAGUGAUCCGACAGCCAACAGGACGUUCGACAUUCCUCUCACCCUGUCUGGUUCGGUGGUGUUGAAAGAGAGACUGAACUACGAAGAUAUCACCCGCUACCUGGUCAUCAUCCAGGCCAACGACCGGGCGCCGUACCCUAACGAGCGUCGCACAGCAACCACGACGCUGACGGUGGACGUUCUGGACGGGGACGACCUGGGCCCCAUGUUCCUGCCCUGCGCCCUGGUGGACAAGACCCGUGACUGCAGCCCUCUCACCUACCGGGCCAACAUCCUGGAGCUAACCGACCCGGUGAACGUGAACCCACUGAACGUGACUCCGCCCAUCCAGGCCGUGGACCAGGACCGGAACAUCCAGCCGCCCUCCAAGAGGCCAGGGAUCCUGUACUCCAUUCUCAUUGGGAAGCCAGAUGCGUACGCCCACUUCUUCUCUCUGAACCGUACCAGCGCAGAGCUGCUGCUACUCAGGCCCAUUGACAGAGAGCUCUACCAGAGAUUCGACCUGGUCAUCAAGGCGGAGCAGGAUAAUGGCCACCCUCUCCCGGCGUUCGCUAACCUGCACAUCGAGGUUCUGGACGAGAACAACCAAGCUCCCUACUUCUUGGAGUCCAGUUACCAUGGCUACAUCACCGAGGCUGCGCCCGUGGGAACCACAGUGUCGACCAAUAGCAGCCUGUCCACAGCCCUGAGUAUCAUCGCCAUGGACAACGACAUAGAGGAGACCAAAGACCCGCGCGUGCUGAUGUCUCUGGACAGCUACCAGGCUGUGUUUACCCUCACCGCCUCUGGGAUCCGUCGCUACCUCAUCCUGCUCAAACCCCUGGACCGGGAGCUGUGUCACAGCUACACCUUCACGAUACUGGCGUCUGAUGGCGUCCAGCAGAGCGCCCCCGUAACCGUGACGAUCACGGUGCUGGACGCCAACGACAACAGCCCCACCUUCACCAAUGUCUCCUACAGUGUCCAGGUCUACACCGACAUGUUGCCCGGGGAAACCGUCUUGCAGCUGUCUGCCAGGGAUGCUGACGAGGGGCCCAAUGGUCAGGUGACCUACCGGAUCCUGGCAGGGGGCCAGGGUCACUUCCUAAUCAACGCCAGUUCUGGGGUCAUCACCGUAGCGCCCGGGGUCAACACGACGGUCGGGAGGUCCUACGCCCUGACGGUGGAGGCCAUGGACAAUGGCCCUCAGGCUGAGAGGAGGAGCUCCAUCACCACCGUCUACAUCGAGGUGCUCCCCCCCAACAACCAGAGCCCCCCUCGUUUCCCCAGCCUCUCCUACACCCUGGAGGUCAGCGAGGCCAUGAGGGCUGGAGCUACUCUGCUCAACCUGCAGGCCAACGACCGUGAAGGAGACCCCAUCACCUACACCAUCCUGAGUGGCGACCCUCACGGAACCUUCCAGCUCAAACAGCA